AUGGCCGACCGCCCUCUCCGCUGGCUGUCGCUAACUCCACCUGCGGUGGAGGCUUCGAUUCAAAGGGCAUCGGGCAGCCUGAGCGGGAUAUGGCUCGGCGGAGAACUGGCAGGCGGCGGCAGACUACAAUUGCGCGACGGACGUCCUUUGUCCAGUCCGGCACGCUACGGCCCCUUUGUCGCAUGCCGGCGCCACGUUGUCUUUGGAGACAAGAAUGCGCCAAGGCUGGCUUUCAUGAAAAUACCAUUUACGAGCCUUGCGCUCAGUCCUUCGUUCGGCCAAUUACACCCCCAUCCACUAGCAUGGCCGCUCGUCGUAGGGUGCUCGCGUGCCCCGGCUCUGCGCCACCCCCGCUUUUAUUUCGACGACGGAAGGAUCGUGCCCCGGGUCCGGGACACCCUUUACAAGGUCCAUCGAUUUGUGCUCGCUCCAGAGGGCGAGAAUACGACCUUUUCCUGGCGAUUGGAAAACGAAGCAGCCACGGAGUUCGUCCCGCUUGUGCUGCACGACGAUGACGCCGACAGCCUGAAUGCCUUUCUAGGCUUGAAAUACGAAACGCCCUCUCCCAAGUUUGAUAACGCACGCACGAUCACCGAUCUCCCGACUCUCAUCCAAGCAAACAAGUUCGCGCGGGCCCACGACAUCUGGCGCACCGCACAGUGGAUAGCAGGGCUUAUCAGCCGUAUACUCUCCACACUCGGAGACGACCCGGAGGCGCUGCUGAACGACAGAAUCUCCUUCCCUCACUGCCUGACGCUGCUGCGCUCCCUCCGCGAGCUCAGGCUCGCACUAUCGCGAUUCGCCAGUUGGGGAAGGCAACCAAGAGCGGCUUCAGCGUCGUCUCGCAGCCGCAGUCGUGCAAUACGUGGAAGACGACACGGUUUCCCCCCGCCGGGCGCUCGACAUGGUGCAUGA